GGUCAACUGUGUUUGCGUCGGGAUGUGUGCAUGUGUUCGACGCUUGGUGUUGGACAAUAGAUUGCAGUCCUAGUAUCAAUCUGGCUCUGUCCAGAAACAUUUGGAUUAUCAGCCUCAAGACCAUGGUUGUGCUUUUAAGCCACCAUUCAAGACUUUAGAAGAGCUUAUUUUCAUUCCUAAAUUUAACUGGACUUUAGAAAAAGGUUUAAACUGGAUUGCAAAGAAGCUAAUGGAAAAGGCAAGAUCAUAUUCCUUAAAUCAAACUACAUAAUUACACAAGGAUCAACAUUCACCUAAGUUUGUCACAUCUCGAGCCAUGAAGACGCUGGACGCCUCGCCGACGGUGGCCCACCUUUCGGGCGUGGUGCACAGCCGGCGCAUGGGGCGCACCUUCAGCAUCGGCGACAUUGACCCGGACACCUUUACGCGCAUCAAGAACUAUGACGAGACCGUCUCCCGGCUGGACCACUACUACGGCGUCGUGAAGCGCCAGCUGAUCGCCAACCAGAGCUUCCUGACGGGCCAGUUUCCGGAGAGCUCGGCCGAGCGGGUGGUGUCGGACGUGCGCACCAGCCUUUACUGCACCUUCGCCAUCUGGUGCCUGCACCAGGCAUACAAGCGAAUCGACGACGACCGCGGCAAGACGUUCGAGCUGGGCCAGUCGGCCGUCAAGUGCAUGCGCGGCAUCCUGCUCUCGUGGAUGAAGCAGGCCGACAAGGUGGAGCGCUUCAAGGCCAACCAGACGCCGCACAACGCGCUGCACUCCAAGUUCCACCUGCUGACCGGCGACGAGGUGCUCUCCUGCGAGCAGUACAACCACCUGCAGAUUGACGUGGUGUCGCUGUACCUGCUGUUCCUGGUGCAGCUGACCUCCUCCGGACUGCAGAUCGUGUUCAGUGUGGACGAGGUCAGCCUGGUACAGAACCUGGUGUAUUACGUGGAGCGGGCCUACCGCACGCCCGACUUCGGCAUGUGGCAGCGUGGCAGCAAGUACAACAACGGCUCGUCGGAGCUGCACGCGAGCUCGAUCGGGCUGGCCAAGUCGGCGCUGGAGGCCGUCAAUGGCUGCAACCUGUUCGGCGACAAGGGCGGCUCCCAGUCGGUCAUCUACGUCGACAUCGACGCCCACAACCGCAACCGCACCAUCUUCGAGACGCUGCUGCCGCGCGAGUCCAGCUCCACGUCGAGCGACAUGGCCCUGCUGAUGGCCAUCUCGUUCCCGGCGUUCGGGACGCACGACCAGCUGCUGUACUCCAAGACCAAGUCCAAGAUCGUCAAGAAGCUGCGCGGCAAACAUGGCUUCAAGCGGUUCGCCCGUGACGGCUUCGGCACCGUGCUGGAGGACACGUCCUCACGCUUCUACAAGGACGGCACCGUCCAGAAGUUUGAGCGGAUUGAGAGCGAAUGGCCGCUGUUCUACAUGUACAUGAUCAUCGAGGGCGUGUUCCGGAGCGACAUGAAACAGGUGGACGAGUACAAACAGCUGCUGCGGCCGCUCAUCCACUACGAUCGCCGCACGGAGGAGGAGAGCUUUGGCGACCCGACACUGCCGCAGUACUACUUCGUGCCGGCCGAGCACGUGCCGGCAGAGCGGGCCGAGCCCGGCAGCCAGCCGCGCUUCGCCAGCGCCGUGGGCGGCCCGGGCGACCUGUUCCUCUGGGGCCAGGCGAUGCUGGUGGUCACCGAGCUGCUGCUGGAGGACCUGGUGCACAUCAACGAGAUCGACCUGAUCCGGCGCUACCUGCCCUCAUACAACCGGCCGCGCCGCGCCACGCGCUACUCCGCCUUCCAGGGCACGGCCAGUGACCUGGUGGUGCAAGUGGUGCUGGUGGCCGAGUCGCGCCGUCUGCAGGCCAUGCUGGCCACCUAUGGUGUGCAGUCGCAGACGCCCAAGGAAGUGGAGCCUGUCCAGAUCUGGUCACAACGGCAGCUGGUGGAGGUGUACCGCAACCUGGGCGUGAAUCGCAAGCUGGGUCUGGAGGGCCGGCCCCCGCGACCGAUCGGCGCCCUCGGCACCAGCAAGGUGUACCGCAUCUCGGGGCAGACGGUGCUCUGCUACCCGCUCAUCUUCGACAGCACCGACUUCUACCUGAACCACGACAUGGCGCUGCUCAUCGACGACAUCAAGUCAGAGGUGCAGUUCGUUGGCCGCUACUGGCGCCUCUCGGGGCGGCCCACCUGCUGCCUCAUCAUGAAGGAGACUCACAUGAGGGACGCCAACUUCCGUAAGAUGGUGGACCUGCUGGCCAUGCUCAAGACGGGCUCGUGUGAGGGUGUGAAGGUCCGCGUGGGCCGCCUGCAGAACCUCAUGUCCUCCUCGUGCACCGAGCACCUGGACUUCAUGGACUCGACGGACGACUGGGGCAUGGAGCCGGUGCCGUUCAAGGAGCUGGCCAACAAGACGGUCGGCUACCAGAGCCUGACCGACAUCCCCACUGCCAUCGCGUACAAGGAGUCUGAGCCGCUCACCAUCGAGGAGCUGAGCAAGAAGUCGGACGGCGAGCUGAGGUCGCUGUGGGGCAGCAUCACCACGCUGCGCGGCCGCAGCUUCAUCCUCAAGCUACUGAUGGACCGACACGGCCCCGACCAUCAGCUGGAUGGACUCUCCGUGCACCAACGGCUGGUGCAGCUGAACGGCGAGGCGGGCACGCUGCGCUGCUGGGCGGUGCUGCGCUACUGCUCCAGCCUGCUGGGCCGCGUGGUGGACAGCAUCAGCCCCUACCUCACCGCCAUACUGGUCAGCGGCAAGCAGUCGACGAUCGGCGUGAUCGGCCAUCCGGAGGUGGUGAUCGACAAGCCGAUGACGCCGGCCGAGAUCGAGGCGCUGUUCUUCGGCUCGGUGCGGCCCAUAGACGUGGUGCAGGCGGUGCUGCAGCAGGAGGUGGUGCUCUGCUGCGGCCGGCUCAUCCUCACCCGGCCGGACCUGUUCGCCGGCAUACUGACCAUCCGAAUCGGGUGGGUGCUGCAGGCGAUGGAGCUCUACAGCCAGAUCGAGGGCCGCGACCAGGCCAUCUCCGAGAUGGCGCCCAACGAGGUCCGCUCGCUGCUCUACAACGUGCUCUCGCUGGGCAGCAACGGCGCCAACAUCGGCAUCACGCCGCGCCAGCAGCGCCAGAUCGACGGCUGCCUGGGCCGGAGCCCGCGCGACCUGCACAGCUCGGUGUGGUUCAUCCUGGGUCGCACCGGCGGCGGCCUGACUAUCGGCAAGCGCCACCUGCCGCAGCUGCCCACCGUCACGGACAUGACCGUCAGCGAGCUGCGCUUCGCCAUCCUCGUGAACGACAUGCUGGCCCAGUGCCCGCAGCCGGAGCUGCGUCAGAUCGUGGUGCAGCUGAUCGCGCUGAUCGCCACCAUCCUGGAGCGGAAUCCGGAGCUGGGCUUCCGCGGCUGCAUCGAGCUCUCGCAGAUGGUGGACGAGGCGCACGCCCUCUACCUCAAGGACGGCGGCAAGGGCAGCGCCGCGGACCUGAGCGGCUUCUUCCAGCUGCCGCCGUCGGCCACGGCCGGCUACCUGGCGCGGGCCGUGGUGCACCAUCUCCUGACGGCGCCGUCCGCCGACGCCGACACCACCGACGGCCCGCAGGCAUGUGUCCUCUCCUGAGCCGGCCGGGCGCCGCCAAACGCGGCGACACCGCCGCAGGGCGGCAGGCGGGUGCCCGUCCGGGAGCGUGUGGACCGUGUGCUGGGUGGUGACGCAGCUGGGAGCGGCCAGGCGGGUGUUCUCUCGGUGGCGUACCGCGGACUGUGGGGUGUGUCACUUGUGUGUGGGAGUGAAGGCGUGUGCGCGUCGGCCUCAAGUGCAGGCUGAGAGCCGCGCCGAGCCAGCCGCCUGCGCCGGUGGCGCUGGACUGUCCGGCUCGGCACCCUGCCGUCUCCCGCGCGCGGCGCGGGCUCGGAGCGAGUGGCUGGGAGGGGAGGGACGGCGCCGUCUGGAGUGCUAGGGGGAUGAGGUGCCCAGACGGGCAGGACAGACGAUGGUGCGUGAUGAACGGGUAGCCGAUGUCGGGCGAGCAGCUGAGGUCUGGUCUGGAAUCCCCAGAUCUACGACGAUUUGUGCAUAUGUAGCGCUGCUUCCAUUGGAGUGCUGCCGCUUAGAUAUUAAUGCUCGCGCGCUUUUUGUUGUUUUAACCCAGAGGAAUGUUGGUAGGUUUCGUUGUAAAUGGGAAAUUACGUCAAUUUCCAGUGGAAGCUAGUCUUCGUUCAGGCCAGACGGGUCAGCCAACAACGGCACCAAUAGUCAACGGUACACAGGCGGCCAUUCUGUUAACGUAGUUAUCACAUAGUUGAACGCAUUGCGGUUUUGUUAGUCAUUAUAUGUUUAUAUAUACAUGGUCGGUUUAAGGUACGCUGCUGUGUGUAUGCAAUCUUAUGAUUUAAGCUCUGAUAUUGAAACGUUACGCCUUAGUUCCGAUGGGCGGCGAUUUGUGCGUGCAACUGGAACUUGCUUAGGUUAGCAGCCGCUGCCCAGUUCAGGGAUAUAGCGAGUAGGAAAUGUCUGUGCUUCGCAUCGCUGCCACUCACAACGGAUGCCGUUUCGGUACCGCCUGCACCCUGUAGCAUAGAUAUGUGCCAGUAGCCACGGGCUAUGCUGCUGCUGGUCUGCCCUGCCGCCGCCGUGGUGACGCGCGGUGCGAGUCUCUGCCGCCGCGCUGGCGGACCGCGGACCGCGCUGACCGCCCGAUGGCCGCCUGUGUUCCAGCUGACCGUCUCCACCGUCCUGAGCUACCUGACCUCCGGCUUCCCUUCCACCGGGGCCAAGCCCGAGCCUUCCGAGCCCCGGGUGAUCGUCACUCCCGAGCAGGCGUCCUCAGCCCGGUCCGGCACCUCCGAGUGAGCGCCGCCCGGACCUCCCCUCCCGCCGCUCCUCUCUCCUCCUCGCUCCCGCUCCGCCACGGCUCCCCAGCGUGUCGCCGCGGCGUGAG